AAAUCCGUGUUAGUUACCGUCGAAUAUAAAGACGAGAGUAUUCCAGCAGCAGGGAGCUCACAAACAGACUCUCAUACAUACAUACUCUCCAACGACACAUCCAAAAAAGAAUUUCUCAACUUAUCAUAGAAGGAAAAAAAAGGCCAACGUCUCCAAAAUGAGGUUCACCACUGCCGUCGUCUCCAUCCUCGUGGGCAGCGCAUUCGCCGCCCCCACAGAAAUGUCCGCCGAGAUGAAGGCCGACACGGCUUCCGACAUGUCCGCAGAUGCUAUUGCCGCCCUUUCACACAUGCGCCUAUCCGACAUAUUCAGCGAGCGCCAGCUGGCCGUGCUCAAGGUCCUCUCCGAGCACAAGCAUGAGCUUGGCCUGGACGACAAGGAGGCCGAGAUGAUGGAUACCUUUAUGGGCGCACUGCACGAGACGUUCCACCUCAACGACAAGAGACAGAUUGCCAUUCCUCCAAGCAUCAUCACCAAUGCCACUGAUGCUGUCGGCAAUGCUACCAACACGGUGACAGGCGCGCUGGGGAACCCUGGGAGUGUGAUUGACCCGCUCAACGUCACUGAUACUAAUGCUACUACCGGUGCGGUCGGCACAACCGCUGGAACUAUAACUAAUGCUACUACGGGGGCUCUUACGGGCUCGACUGCACUUUUGGAUAUUCUCAAGAGCAUUCCGGCGUUGGGAAAUCUGUUGGCCGGGACUACGGGCGGCCUUGGAGGGACUACGAGCGGACUGACGGGGGCUACAAGCGGGUUGGGAGGACUUACUGGCGGUCUUGGUGGGUUGACGGGCGGCCUGGGAGGAUUAACUGGUGGUCUUGGAGGAUUGACUGGGGGUCUUGGAGGACUGACGGGAGGUUUGGGUGGCCUUGGUGGCCUGCUUUCGUGUCCUCGUUCUGGUGGGCUUCUCGGCGGUAUUCUCAUUCCUGGGAUCUUGUAAAUGUGGUUGUUUGCUGUGGGACAUGGCUUUGUAAGGAUUGAUAAAAGGGAGCGUGUAAAGGAAAAGAUGGGAGGGAGGGCUUAAGAUGAAAACAGCAAUGAUUUGAUGAAUGUAGCAUCAACCUAGGUAUACACACCAAUUUCCAUUUCUCAAGAGAGCUUUUGCUGUGAGAGCUUGGCGUUAUGCUAUGUUAUGGAUGGUCGUAGUCUGUAAACAGGUAGGAUACAGACAGAUGUGCUUCUAUUGUAUUGGCAGAAUGGUAUAUCGCUUAGAGCCACGAUUGACGUCGUAUAGAGGUAUAUUGAUUGUCGAUUACUCAUACAACGGGCAUAGACUUUGCUGAUAGAGCUACAGGAUAUAUCUAUACCUUACCAUAGAACUUCCAU